AGAAAAUGUUCAUGUCAAAAGUAACGCUAGCAGCUUUUGUCCUGGCAUAUUUAAUUAUGGCAUCUACCCCAACCUCUGCCCAGUCACCCUCCACCACCCAAAAAUCCACAUUUUUUUCUUAUAGAAAAUGUUCAUGUCAAAAGUAACGCUAGCAGCUUUUGUCCUGGCAUAUUUAAUUAUGGCAUCUACCCCAACCUCUGCCCAGUCACCCUCCACCACCCAAAAAUCCACAUUUUUUUCUUAUAGAAAAUGUUCAUGUCAAAAGUAACGCUAGCAGCUUUUGUCCUGGCAUAUUUAAUUAUGGCAUCUACCCCAACCUCUGCCCAGUCACCCUCCACCACCCAAAAAUCCACAUUUUUUUCUUAUAGAAAAUGUUCAUGUCAAAAGUAACGCUAGCAGCUUUUGUCCUGGCAUAUUUAAUUAUGGCAUCUACCCCAACCUCUGCCCAGUCACCCUCCACCACCCAAAAAUCCACAUUUUUUUCUUAUAGAAAAUGUUCAUGUCAAAAGUAACGCUAGCAGCUUUUGUCCUGGCAUAUUUAAUUAUGGCAUCUACCCCAACCUCUGCCCAGUCACCCUCCACCACCCAAAAAUCCACAUUUUUUUCUUAUAGAAAAUGUUCAUGUCAAAAGUAACGCUAGCAGCUUUUGUCCUGGCAUAUUUAAUUAUGGCAUCUACCCCAACCUCUGCCCAGUCACCCUCCACCACCCAAAAAUCCACAUUUUUUUCUUAUAGAAAAUGUUCAUGUCAAAAGUAACGCUAGCAGCUUUUGUCCUGGCAUAUUUAAUUAUGGCAUCUACCCCAACCUCUGCCCAGUCACCCUCCACCACCCAAAAUCCACUUACGGCAAAAUCAUCCUCCCUCGAACCUUCAUCAUCUGUCGUUCCUAUGACAACAAAACCUGAAAUGCCCGCCACAAGUACCGUCCAAGCAAAAAUUCCCGCCACCAGUACCGACCAAGCAAAAAUUCCCGCCACAAGUACUGUCCAAGAAAACAUGCCCGCUACCAGUACCGUCCAAGAAAAAAUAGUCACUACCAGUACCAGUACCAGUACCAACCAAGCAGAAAUGACUUCCAUGAUGCGAACUUCCAAAAUGACAGCGGUUAAGCCUACGACGUCAGCACAACCGGAAAUAAAGUCGACUACGGAAAAUAUGAUGUCAAGCUCGAUAUCAAGUGUGUCGAUUACACCAAGUGGAAGCACGCACACAAUUAGUACUACACAAGCUUCGAGUUCAGUUGGAUUUGUCGAUACACGGCCCCCUUGCUCCAGGGCAUCAGGACGCGUGUUCAGUUUGGGUGCAUUUGUCCUUAUAGCGAUUGGAUUGUUGUGCGGAAUGUUUUAACAUCCCCCGAGAGUGUCAGUGUGAAGAUUACUUCAUUUAACUGAACUUAAUUUAGCUUGUUAAAGUAGCGCUCUCCAGUUUAUAUAUGAAGAUAAACUGCAGCUUCCAUAAAACAUCGAAACGUCAAAAUUUUACUUGUAUUUUUCAAGUGGUGGAAUUAGCCUUUCUCGCCAUGACGAAUAUCCGCCAUUUUUGGGUGGCAUCUAAUUCUCGUUAACCAAUGCAGACAAUUAAAACCGGAAUAUGAAAAGCAAUUUUUCAAAAUCAACUAACCAUUUACAAAGCAAGUUUACCAUCAUUCGUUCAAAAAAUUGUGAGAAGUCGCUGUUAUGUGGACUUAUCUCACAGACUUCGGCUGAAAAGCCACCCAAAAAUGGCGGCGCGAGAAAGGCUAAUUCUUCUCAAUAGAGAGCUUUGGGUGUAGCGUGCUUUCCCAAAUUCAAUUAUGCUUUUAAUUAUUAAUUGGUGCUCUGUUGUUGUUUUAAAGACAAAAUAUCUGGAUAAUACUAAGAAACAGCUUCAUUUCAAAGGAAAAUAAGAAACUUUACUGCAAUUUGUAAUAAGCUUAGUUCUGUUAAAUCCAUAUCCAAAAAAUGAGAAAUAGUACUCAAUAUGUAAAAGCAAAUUUUCAGUUGGACAUAAAAUUGCACUGACGUGUCUAUAUGUGUGCUCCAGUAACCGUUACAGAACAGCAAAUAGCAAGCUUAAGCAUAGUCUAUCAAGAUAUGAGGAUCUGGAAACUAAACAGAAGUCAUUGUGUUAUGUUUUUCUCUGAGUUUAUGUUAAUUUGUGCACGGUCACGGUGAUUGAGCUCAUUGUAUUUUCGUAUAAUGACGUAAUCGUCUAAUAAGGACAGCUGAGAUGAAACGUGCGACCACGAUGAAUAAUAUUUAAUGAAGUUGAGACAAAGGAUUUGUGCACGUUGAGGUACAGUUCAACAUCAAACAAAGGUCUUCUAUUUUGUGGCUUUGAAGUUUCCCAGGAUUCCAGAUCAUCAUAUCUUGACAGACUAUGAAGAUUGUCGAGAAAGGACUAGAAAACUGUGUUUGUAUCAGUUUGUGGUUAUCUUCAAUACAUAUGACAAAACAUAAGAUUUUUAAAGUUUUUUGCUUCCUUACAUGAGCGUUAUGAUACAAAAUGC